AUGGUAUCAACCCAAGCCCCCAGGGACCUUUCCAAGUCCAACCGGCUCAUCUACAGAGCUCCAGAGAACUCCGAAGCGGAUCUAGCAUUUUUCCAUGAUCUUCUCAAUGACCCUAUAAUUCAAACAAUGAGUACUGGACGUCUCCCGCACCCGUCGCCGAAACCCUCUGCUGGAGAAUUCAUCAAAAUUCUCCAAGAUGCCAUUCUAGGAGUGGUCAUCUGUCUCCCUCCGCAGAGUGGCCCCGAAGCCGAGACAAACGCCACUGAGACUCCAACUUCGCUUGAACCUACUUCCACAUCCAAUCCAGUCCCAAUUGGCCACGUGAACCUUUUCAGUCUUCAUGGCCCACAUUACACUCACCAUCGCAAUGCCAUGAUAGGAAUCUCGCUGGUAGACGGGUUUCGGGGGAAAGGAUACGGCGGAGAAGCUAUCAACUGGGCACUGGACUGGGCAUUUCAGCACGUUGGGCUGCACAGAGUCUCCAUAGGGGCAUUUUCGUUCAACGAGAAUGCAUUAAAGCUGUACAGAAAGCUUGGAUUUGUGGAUGAAGGUCGCGAACGUGAGGCUGUAUACCAUCGCCGCGCUUGGCAUGAUACUGUCAGUUUGUCCAUGUUGGAGCACGAGUGGGAAAUUUUGAGAGGACUCGCGCCGCAUCCAUCCGCACGCACUCCUCCAGUCUCCAGCUGA